AAGGCGUUCCUCUGUGGCCAAUCAGGGAAGACUAUUUCAGGGGCUGGUGCUUGCUGUGGUGUGUUCUCGAUGUCUUGUUGUAGGUGUUGAGGGAAAGUGCAGGUGCUGGCUGAGGGUACCUGAAAGAGCACCUAUGCCUGUAAAAACCUGUCUGGGCAUUGAGAUCAACCUUAAGAAUCUGCAGGUGUGCCAUUGUCACAGGCUUGUUUGGCAAUGAUCAGCAACAGAUAUAUAGAAUCCUUUGGAGAAGCUACACGUGUGAUGUUCCAGAGCUGAAUGAUGGCAACCAACGACAGUAUUGGCAUAUUGAAUUCUGCUUACUCAGCAGUAGAAUAUGUAGACUCUUUCUUGCCUGAGAAUCCACUACAGCAGCCAUUUAAAAAUGCUUGGAUCUAUAUGCUCAAUAACUACACUAAGUUCCAGAUUGCAACUUGGGGAUCACUUCUCGUUCAUGAUCUUUCAUAUUUUUUAAUUUGUGUGCCUGGAUUUGUAUUUCAGUUUAUACCUUACAUGAAAAAAUACAAAAUACAAAAGGAGAAGACAGAAACAUGGGAAAGCCAAUGGAAGUGUUUCAGAACUUUUAUGUUCAAUCACUUCUGUAUUCAACUGCCUCUGAUAUGUGGAACCUACUCUUUCACAGAAUAUUUUAACAUUGCUUAUGACUGGGAAAGCAUGCCACGAUGGUAUGUGCUACUUGCCCAGUGUUUUGGAUGUGCUGUGAUCGAGGAUGCCUGGCAUUAUUUUCUGCAUAGACUCCUACAUCACAAGAGAAUAUAUAAAUAUAUCCACAAAGUGCAUCAUGAGUUUGUUGCUCCAUUUGGGAUGCAAUCAGAAUAUACACAUCCUUUAGAAACUCUAAUCCUUGGAGCUGGAUUUUUCAUUGGAAUAAUGGUCUUUUGUAAUCAUGUGAUGUUUAUGUGGACAUGGCUCAUUUGUCGCUUGGUCCAGUCCAUUAAUGUCCACAGUGGCUAUGAUAUUCCUCUGAAUCCUUUGCAUUUGGUGCCUUUUUAUGCUGGGGCUCGUUUUCAUGACUUUCACCAUAUGAACUUUAUUGGCAAUUAUGCUUCAACCUUCACAUGGUGGGAUAAACUCUUUGGUACAGACUCUCAAUUCAAUUCUUAUACAGAAAAAAUGAAGAAACAGCAACAUAUUGUGGAAAAGAAGACCAAAUAAAUUUCCUAUUAGAAAGGGAAAAGAUUUAACACAUGUUGCAACUGUAAAGCAAAAUUUUGCCUUUUUUCAGAAGCCUGAGAGCAAGCCUAGAGCCUUGGCUAUGUAAUAGGAAACAGCAUUAAUUAUAUCUUCCUAAUGGGAAUGCGUUUUCUAUUUUAUACAUAAGUAAAGCAUAUAUAUUUAAGUAAAGAUUAAAAAUGAAAGUCUUAAAUUUUGAAGUUUGUUUAAAAAAACAUCUAUUAGUCGGACAGAACAGCAUUUUGGGCUAUAAAUGUUUGAACUCGUUUUGAAAUUUGUGAAGUGCAGUCAUGAAACUGGCUUUGCCAGUUUUCUACUUUGUAAUUUAUGGUUUAGAACUUCCUUGGGAGCAAAAAUACUGAAAGAGCAAAUAAUUUGCACAUGUUCAUAGUUCAUUCCAAAACUUUUCCCAGACUGGUGUAAUUUCUUAGAUAUGAGACAAAUGAUUUUAGAGAAGCUGUUUUUUUCUUUUUAAUCUGCUGGGAAGAGUCUUUCUGUUUGCGUUAUUGAAUCUAUUUGGUAGUGUAUGUAAUGUUACACAUAACUGUUAGCAAACUACUGAAUUGCUAUAUUUUGUGACUGGAAAAAACGUAGAGUUGAUUUGAAACCCGCCCCCCCCCCCCCAUGUUUGCUGUGCAACAAAUAAACCCAUAUUGAUAUUCAA